ACAAAUGCUUUAAAUCAGAUGAAGGGUACGCUUGCGUCAAUAAUUUGACCAAGAAAUACCUGCAAGUCAUAACAUUGGGCUAAAUUUAACCCGUUUACUCUGCUUGGGGUAAUUAGCCUUCCAGGCAGCAGAAUCAGUGUUGCGCUCUGGACUGAUGAUAAUUAGCUUUCUAAAUGUCACCUGCGGCAACGUUGUCUGGAGGAAAGACGUCCUGUAACAUUUUGUAAAACAAGAACCUGAGAACAAUGCGACUGCUCCCUGUGCUCGACUGAGAAGCUGAGAGACGUUAGGGCUGAAUGGACAGAAGAAAAAACAGAUCCGGGGUUCUCCAGUGGACUCCGUCACCCAUCCCAGAGUCUCCCUCCUCCACGCUGACCUCGGACGACUCCUGGGAGAAGGACAACAACAAUAAUGAAGAGGAAGAGGAUGACUUCUUCAGGGAAAUGAAUGAAGAUGGCAUCAUUGGACUGUCGGAGGCCCUGGAGGAGUGGGAAUUAGGGAACCCGUGUGGCGAUCCUUGCUCCCCAGAGGACACGGUUCCUAGUGGAGGCAACAAGGACUCAUCUCUAAAAUCCUCAGGAGACGAUCUUCAACCCCGGCCAGCCCCAGCAGCUGAAAACCCAGAGCCUAACGGUCUGGUCUCUAAGUCCACGGUCACCUCCUCCUUUUCACCUCACCUUUACACGUCCACCGAGGAGGAGCUGACAGCUGCUUUAGGGAUCGAAGCCGAAAUGUUCCCAGACACAGAAACAGAGUCUUACUGCAGCAGCAGCAGCGUGGGGUCCAACCUGCCGCAUCUGGAGCUGAAGCUCAGAGGUUCUCCUCAGCCAGCUGUGGCCAUUUCUGAACAAGUUGUGUUGGAGAAUAUUCCUUCAGAAGGAUCAGAAAAGCAGAAAGCUGGACUCCCUCCUGAAGCUCUGAAGUCCAGGACGUGUUCCCUCGGCGGAGCCAAGAACGGCUCGCCAGAGGCCAGAGGUUGUGACAGAAACAUGAAAGCUGCUGGAGCCAGAAGUAAGCCUGCAGGAAUGGACGAGCUCAGGAGAGCAUUAGUGUCUCAUCAAACCCCAAACUUCUCAAAGGUGGAACCCAGGAUUCAUUUCCCUAAGCGAGGCUACAAGCCUCCGAAAGGCAGGAAGUCGUUAGAGAGAGCCACGAUGUCGCCGCAGCCCCCCUUCGUGUUUAAAUCCCCCGCCGACAUCGUUGAGGAAGUCCUGUUCAACAGUGACGGAUCCUCCUACUCCUCCGAUACCAACAUGCCCACCAAGGCUCCCAACUCCACCGUCCCUCCAGAGUUCAGGUGUCGGCAGCAGGCCACCACUCUGCUGCAACAGCUGCAGGAAGACUACGACAGGCUGCUGACCAAGUACGCGGAGGCGGAGAACACCAUCGAUCGUCUCCGUCUGGACGCAAAGGUGAACCUGGACUCCGAGCCUCCAAAGCCCGGUCACGCCGUGCCUGCUGGGCUGAACCAGAAGGCUUCAUACCCCUUCAAGAUGGAUUUAUUUCAUCCUCACAGAGCUGUGACCUGCUCUCCUGGACGAGCUACUCGUCAGGAAAAGUUAGACGCCUCUUCGCCAUCCAACUUCGGACAACAACUCUCUAAUAUCCUCUUCACUCAGUCUGAGAAGUUCCUUCAGCAGGUGCAAACUUUUGAGGAUCUCCUUAAGAAGGAUAAACUCGCAUCCUUAGAAGAAUUAAAGCGCGGCGUUUCUCAGCUCUACGAGGGGCUGAACUCUCUAGAAAGAGGAUACCUUCUGGCUCGAGAUGAGCACAAACUCCUGCAGCAGAGAGAACUGGAAACCCGACAUUUUGACCCCGAACGGAACCUGGAGAGCCUGAUCUUUCAGUGCGGGGUGCGGAUGGAGGAGCUGAAGGAGCAGAUGGAGCAGAUUCAGCAGGAUCAGCUUAAGCAUCAGGAACCGAUUCAGCUGGAGUUGAUUGAGCAUCAGAAACCGAUUCAGCAAGAGCAGCUUGAGCAGGAUCAGAUUCAGCAGGAGAAGAUUCAGCAGCAAGAGCCGAUUCAGCAGGAGUUGAUUCAGCAAGAGGUUCAGCAGCACAAAGCUGUUGCUUCUUGUCGUUCUUCACCUCCUCUGACCUCCUCAUCUGGUCCGUCUGAAGGAGAAAUAACCCAGACUCAACCGCAGAGUCCGUCUGAGCCUUCCCAGACUGAUUCUGGUUCUGCAGCAGAGCUGGAGAUAAACUCCGCCUGUAAAAGGAGUGAGGAAGAGGAAGAUGUGGCUGAAGACCUCAUGUCUCACUACUUAAGAUCUUUGACUAGAAGGGGCAAACGUGAUGAAUUUGAACCAGCUGAUUCGCUGGAUUACUGCCAAACAAUGAGGGAGUGUUUCAUAGUUCCCAAAGCUGCGUCCUCUCUUCCUUCAAACUCGCCUCUAAAACACGGAGGUGAGAAAGAAGAGCAGAAAGGUUGGAGAAAUGGAAACGGCGAAGUCCAGGAAACUUUUUCACAGAGCAGAAAAGUGCAAUCGGACGUCUUCUCUGUGUGGCGCACUAAGACCAGCCUUCCCUCACGCUGCCCCCCCUCCACGCCGCCUGCUGCUUCGGCCCGCAGCAGGAAACGUUUGGAGCGGAGCACCAGCCUGAGCAGCGCCUGCAGCCUGGCGGACGGAGCGCCAGAAUGGAGGAGCUGCAAGGUCCAGGCAGGAAGCAGGAGGGUCUCGUCUCAGGAUCGAAUCUCCCCAGAGACGGACAGCGGGUUCAUGGGCUCCGAGAGCAGCCAUCAGAUUCCUGCUGCAGUUUCACUCCGCUACCACCAGAUGGCGACAGAGAGCAUGUCGGCGCCUCAGGACAGAAGCCCAAACAGGCCCCUGUCUGCCUACCAGCUGGAUGCGGGGCCCGGAGACGGCAUCGAGCUGGGGCUCCGUCAGAGGAGGAGGAGCAGGCAGAGGAGGCGCACCUUCUCCCCCCAGAGCUUCAUCAGCCAGAGGAAACAGGCCAGAGCCGACGUCAGGCCCUCUGACCUCUGGACGCUCUUACACUCGAGCACAAACAGCGCUCAUUCGGCCUCUGAAGAGCAGCAGAGCGUCCGCUCCGCCGGCGGCUCGCUCUCCAGCUCCCCGCCGGCCGCCCGCCAUCGCCAUGGCGACCCCCCCAGAGCGCGGAGCUCCAGCCAGGGUGGAGGGGGGAGCCCCAUUGACGCGUUCCUGACGUUGCAAGCCGAAGUUAACCUACUGAAGGAGAAACUGGAAAUUUCUCAGUGGAACGAGGAGCUGCUGAGCUCGGCGAAAAACGAGAAGCCGCUGGGCGCUGCGACGAUUUCGAGAAACUUCUGUCGCCGCCGCUCCUCCUCGUCUCCCAUCAGAUCUGUGGAGUUUUGCAGUGACAUCAGUCUGGAGAGGAGAUUAGUUCAGACCUUCGAUGACAUCGAACCGGAGACGUUCGUCUCUCAUCGAACCAGAGAGACGAGAGGCGCCGCUGCACCAAAACAACAACAAAAUCACUUCUUCAGGGGAUCAGAACCGGAGCAGCUCCAGUCUCAGGUUUCCAGAUUUACCCCAACGUCUCUGGCGCCACAUAACGUUUCCUCUGACGUUCGCAGCAGGAACACACAGACGUGGAUGUCCUCCGCUCUGGAAGCUGCAGACGGACCUGACAGCAAAGAUGAGAGUCCUCUUUGUCCUCAGUGUUUGUCCAUCCUCAGACAACCUGCUGAACGUCCACUAGGUGGCAGCAGAGAGCCAUCGGACCCUCCGUGUUGGUGCCGCUGUCCCAUCUGUGGACUUCUCAAAAUGCACAUAUGCACAGAUUCAGAUUGUUACAGAUAUUUUCCCUCCAGUCACAUAAACAACCAGCCAAGUUCCUCAGAAAGAGUUCCCACCAGGAGGUUCAGCGCCGCUGCAGUUUCACCUUCACCCCUGAAUCAUGUGCCUUUGUACUCGCAACAGCUGCUGCUGCCCUCCAAAACCCGGUAUUCCUCUCCUGACAUGUCGCCGGGCCGCAGCUCAGGACUCCGGCGUCCCAGAGAGAGGAAGAGCCGGCGCAGACGAUCGCACUCGGUGGAGGGCCAGGCGUCGCUGGACGGCUCUCUGGAGCGCGCCAUCCGCGCGGCGCGGCGCAUGAAGCACACGUCCGGACACAUGGCGCGCUCGCUGGCGUCAGGCCUCGUCUCCCACAAGCUGCUCACGCAGUCCUGCUACUACUAGAGGCGAGGCGACAGCAACUCCACCACAGUGAAUAAAAACAGCAACUUG